AUGGAUCCUGUUCUCGAUGCCGACGAAGAUCCACGAGACUGGUCAAUCGAUCAAGUCGUCUACGAACUCUGCCAAAGCCCGAUCCCACGUUGGCUGUCAAAGCAGAAGCCUCAGUCGAUCCCCGACCGCCAUGGCCUGGAGGAUGCGCUUCGGCGAAACCACGUCGAUGGGGACAAUCUCCUCGCUCUCGACAUGCCAACUCUGAAAGAAGACCUAGGGAUAUCAUCUUUUGGUCAGCGACGGGCCAUUAUGAAAGCUAUUGAGUUCUUCCGGGCGACGUCGAGAAGUUACCAGCAGAUGUUAUUUCAGGCGGACAGCAUUGCCAGGAUGCACACAGCCACCUUUGCCUCCCCUCAAUUGACCCAGUCUCGAACAUCGAUCGUCCCACAAUCCCCUGCGCACUAUGGUCUCGGCGUUCAACCGUCUAUCGAGCCGUCACAUACCUUGCAAUCACCCAUAGCGAGCCAGCAGCAGAGCGCUGUUAAGGAUCCUACUUUCAUCUCGUCUAAACUCGCGACUUCCAACUCUCAGAACCCCUCGGGCUCGACUCCUCGACCUCGACAUUAUCCUCCCCAGGACGAUGUACAAACAAGAUCAAGCCCUACUGCCGCAAGCCCAUCAGAGGAUGCUACGGUCAACUUCGCGAGUAAAGCCUGUGAUCAACUUCCUCUCUUACAACAUCCAGAAAGAGAAUAUAGCCUUGUAAAUGGCAAGAAGAAGAUCGCCCCAACUCUCGUCUCUCACUUACCAGAGGCAACUCCAACAAAGUUGAGUCGCGAGAGCUACCUCGGACAGGAAGCGCAUCCUCUGCAAGACGUUUUCUACUGCAAAGCUCCGACUGGAUUUACGGAUGAGAUUAUCUAUCAAGUUGCUGCCGAGGGACCAGAUUCAUUCGUCAUCUCCACCAAGCGUCCUUCCGGACAACGUCGCAUAAUAGCUAGACUAAUCAAGUCUUUCCUACGCCAAAGCACGACUACUCUAUGGCCAAGCGGGCAGAAAAUCAAGAUACCCUAUGACAGGUCUAGGAUUAAACCUCCAUACUCGAAACAAUACUUCACUUCAUUCCCACGAGGCAAGGAUGGGGCAAGAGUACAUAAAGUAGAGGACUUUACAGAGCUCAACGUCACUCAGGAUAAUCAUCGGCGAGGUUCCGCCAGCAUUGCUCCCGACAGCUCCAAUGCAACGUGGUUGGAAGAAAAGGUAAUUGGGUCCAAUGUGCUAGACCUAGACUACCUUCUGGACAAGUACCCAGUUGAGUCAUCCGAUGGGCUUCCUCUCUAUGGGGAUUCUGGAGAUGAAAAUGAUCUCGACGAAGACACGUGGAGGGAAAUAGAGAAAGGGAAGGCUGAGGAAGAGAACUUGCGCCGCACAUCUGUCAACAUGGCGCCAGUCGAGGUUGAGGUCGCGAUCAACGAUGCCAUAGACGAAUUGAAGCAGGAAUGGUACGCAACGAAGUUCUUCGCCGUCCAGAGGAAGGCUUAUCGCCACUGGCUAAACGCAGCUCGACAAAACAGCCGAAAAGAAAAGAUCGCAUAUUUCAACCACUGCAAGACUCGGUUUCUGGUCCGACUGGACAUCCUCAAACGUGAGAUUGCUAAAAAUGUCUGGCGGACGCCAGCCGAGGUUAAGAGGCAAUGCCAAAGUCUCGAAUUGACCGUUUAUCAGUAUCACGAAUACAAUUACUAUGGCCAGAUCAUGCUCCGAGACACUGCACCUCCAAAGCCCGAUAACAAAGCACCAGUUCGGAGCCCAAGACAUCACGAUCUUGAGGAAGGCGAAGAGAUUCUCGAAUCUGAUUCUGAGAUAGAAAUCUCUACAGAAGAAGGUGGGCAGUCGUUCGUGGAUGAGUCGGAGGAGGAGGGUUCCAUUCAUCACAUCCCUGAUAGUGAGGACUGGAACCCUGUCAUCCCAAGUACAACAAAACAGCCCGAUCCAUCGGUUGUGGAUCCAAGGACUUCAUCUCCAGCUCCUCCCUCCAAUACUCGCGAGUCACCACUACCUGACGUCCACGCCAACGAUGCUGAUGUUGAAAGCGACACCGAGGACGAGAUCAUUACACCAGCACGUCGGAAGAUAAAGCGCAUGAAGACAGAAACAACCCAGACGCCGAAUGCUAAACGUACCAGUGUGAAAUCAAAAGCACCCAGGUCACAACAACUCCCUUCCGAUACCUCGGACCUCGAUGGCUCCCCACGUCUUGCGAACUCUAGAUAUCGAAGUAAAGGACCCUCUUCAGCCCUUGUUGAUCUGACGUUCAGUUCUCACUCAGAGCCAGAAAGAAUCGCCAACGACACGUCCACCGACUUCAGUGUUCAUACACCGAAACUCAAUCCAAUUCGAGCUGAGACUCCGCAGGACUCGAGGAGUCGUGUUCAUAUUAUUGACUCAUCUGGUUCUGAAGCGGAGCGCAUAUCUUCUCGGGAUGACACUAUCUUACCAGCAGUAUACGAUUUUCAGGGUAUACGGCGUACAUCAUGGUCAGAUAUAGACCCCAUCGAUAAACGAAGAGCGCUUGCAAAGGCUGUAUACGACCUUGAGCCAGAUCAGGUCUCACGGCUGGAUUCAUUUCUUGAUUCUAUGACCGGUUCUCGCACCGCCCAGGAGACGGUUAUUGUUGACGGACUCGUCGCUCUCGACGAAGAUAAACCCAUCAUAAAAGGUCUGAAGCAAAAACAUCAGUUGAGCGCUCAAUUACUGGUGCUACUUUACCUAACAUACAUUUGCGGUCAAAAUGCGUUGGACGAGUUUUUUGAGCUGUCGGAAGCCCACAGAGACGAAGCAUUUGCGGACAAAGAUCGCGCGCUUGCUACAUUUUACAGUUUAUUGGAGAAGAUCAUCUUGACUUACUUCGCAAUGCAAACCAGGCCUCAAACACAAACCAACGGCCAGAAAAGAAAGCGAGAUUUAUGCGUUCCUGACGACCAAAUAACAGAUGCGACUUUGACUGAUUCGUUGGAAGAGGUUCAACCUUCGUCUCACAAGAAGCGUAAGCGCAAGGUGGAAGAAAGCCAGGAGGCAAAAAGCCAACAAUUCACGGACCAGGUUAGAAUUCAAUUGCAAGAAGAGCGACGCAAGAACAUGGCCAACAAACUUGCCCUUAUGCAAGUCGAUGGAAGUGCCGCCUACAUUAUCAACACGGUAGAGCCACCAGUUGAACUUCACCGACAUAUCGCUCAACGUGUCAAACCUCAUCAAGUCAAUGGCAUUCAAUUCAUGUGGCGCGAAAUUGUCGAAGAUCCAAAACGUCAGGGCUGCAUCCUAGCACACACAAUGGGUCUCGGUAAGACGAUGCAAGUGGCCUCUCUUCUAGUGAUGAUUGCUCUUUGCAAUCAGAGCAAUGAUAAGAAUGUCAGAAACCACAUCCCAGAACAUCUACGAAAAAGCAAGACUCUUAUUCUUGGCCCUUCUUCGCUCCUCAACAACUGGGAAGAUGAGCUUCUGAUGUGGACCCCUGACCCUAAUGUUUUAGGCGUAAUUCACAAAGCCGAUUCGAUCAGGAAACAAGACAACAUCCGAGCGAUCAAAGCCUGGUCUAGGCGAGGCGGUAUUCUCCUGACCGGAUACGAACGUUUUAGAUCAUCAAUCACUGACAGCAUUCGCGCGAAGGCAAAAGGCACUGGCUUGCUUGAGCUUGACCUUGAACGGAUUCUCUUGGAAGAACCAAAUCUUGUCAUUGCAGAUGAAGCUCACAUACUGAAGAAUCCCAAGUCACAAAUAGGCCAGAUUGCCAAACGCUUGAAGACAACAAGCAGAAUUGCGCUGUCGGGUUCACCUCUCAACAAUCAUCUCGAGGAGUACCAUACUAUGGUAGACUGGAUCGCUCCUGGUUAUCUAGGAGAUAUGGUCCAAUUUCGCUCCAAGUACUCGGAACCUAUCAUGGAGGGACUUUAUUCUGACAGCUCGGCGUACGAGAAGCGGAUAUCCCUUCGAAAAUUACAUGUGCUCAAACGGGAUCUUGAUCCCAAAAUCAAUCGAGCUGAUAUCAGCGCCAUUGAGAAAGAUAUGCCCUCGAAGACUGAGUUCUUCAUCACGAUUCCCCUUACAGACUUGCAGAGACAGGCAUACGACAUCUAUAUUCAUCAUAUGCUGCAGUCAUUCGGGGUCUUGUCGUCGAAGAAUCACCAUGCCAGAAUUAUGGCGUGGCUAUCAAUGCUCUCAUGGCUCUGCCACCAUCCUGCCGCGUUCGUUGCAAAAAUCAAGGAGCGUCAUGAAAAGCCGAGAGAGGAUCGCUAUUAUGGCAACGACACUGGCGAGCCUAACGAGAGUACAGACGAGACCUCGGGAUUCGGUGAAGUUAGCGAGAACGUUGCUCUCGACAUCGCAGGCUCCCUACAAGAGGCUAUGCAGCAAGCGCUGCAGGUGCUCCCAGAUCCGAGCGACAGAAAGGCACUCUACGAUCCAAGGCUAUCCUACCGCACGCUUGCUGUAAAGCGCAUCGUUGAAAAGGCGAUUGAAGCUGGAGAUAAGACCUUAAUCUUCAGCCACAGCCUCCCCACAUUGGAUUACUUGGGACAAAUGUUGAGGGGAAUAGGCGUAUCCUUCUGUCGCAUUGACGGUUCAACUAAACCGACGGACAGGCAAGCUUUCACCAAAGAAUUCAACAAUAAGGACAACUACCAGGUGUUCCUGAUUUCUAUCCGAUCCGGAGGCCUCGGGCUAAAUUUACAGGGCGCAAACCGAGUGAUCAUUUUCGACUUCAGCUUCAAUCCAACCUGGGAACAGCAAGCGAUUGGGCGAGCAUAUCGACUGAAUCAGAAGACACCUGUGUUUGUUUAUCGAUUCCAGGCAGGUGGAACAUUCGAGGACAAACUGUUCAAUACUGCCGUCUUCAAGACCCAGCUGUUCGGCCGCGUCGUCGACAAGAAAAAUCCAAGACGACAUGCGAGUAAGGCAGCACAUACCGAAUACCUAUUCCCGGUCAGGGACGUGCCACAAGUUGACUUUCGCGACUCUCUCGGAAAGGAUCCGAAGGUUCUUGAUGCUAUCAUUCACGAACUCGACUUCGUUCGUAGCAUUGUGUUGACCGAGACCUUCCAGAAGGAAGACGACGAACAGCUAGACGACGAAGAGCAGAAGGUUGCAGAAGAGGAGUACAACGAUCAGCGUUUGCAGCGAGAAGACCCCAUCGCAUGGCAAGCGAAACAGCGACAAAGCUUAUCAAACACCAAUCUGAUAUCUUCAUUCUCGAAUCCGGAUCCGACGCUCCACUCUGGGAGAGCCGCAUUUGGACAGAGAAUAGGUCCCGGCGCCCAUAGAUCAAAGUCGUCCGCGAUCAGACCGAUAUUACCAGCUCCAUUCGAGAGAGCAGAUCUGAAUAGUCCGCAACCACCUCAGGCUUACCACACAACCAUUCAUAUGCCUGGCUCGUAUGACGAUACAUUCCAGGCCUUCGUCCAACUAAUGGAAAAUCGUCAUCGUGCUGUAAGCACAGAGCCGGACUGGUAG